AUGGAAUCAAAUUCAGCACGUACCUUCAACCCGGGCGACUUCGUCUGGGCCAGAUUCGCCGGAUUUCCCCCAUGGCCGGCAAAAGUCUGCAAUUUCGAGUAAAUCUAUCUAAAUUCCUUUUUCAGGUUUUACAACGCGAACAAAAAUGGGGAAAAUCGCAUUACACAGUCGAAUAUCUGGGCAGUAAAGAGGUCGGAAAUCUGAAAUCCGACGAAGUUGAGGACUAUUUCGAAAAAAGAGAACGAUAUUCAAAGUCUAAACGGGUCAAGGUGGGUUAGAGAAAAUUCUGGGAGUCCGUAAUCUGUGUAGCAUUUUUCCAGUUUUAAUCGAAUUUUUGAACAUGCUUCCAUUUGCAGGGUUUCAACGAAGCGGUCGAAGAAAUGGAGAAGAUUCUGAAAGGGGAUUUUCAUAAAAUCGAGCAGAGCACGGAAAAACCUGCACAAAUUCCGAAGACACCCAAAGAACUCGCUCCAAAAUCGCCGGAAAAAUCUGUAACAAACCCAAAAAUCGCAGAAAAACAUUCUGAAACUUCUAAUAACGGUUUUGACGAAAAAUCACCGGACACGCCGAAAUCUCCGGAAAAAGUGGAAACGGCGAGAAUUGUGGAUGACGAUCUGGAGAUUGUCGAAGUUUACAAUGAAAAUCACGUGAAAUUGGAGGAGAAAAUCGAGAAAGUUCCGGAAAAAACGGCAGAAGAGAACGAAACGGAGACGCCGAAGAGGAAGAGGGAGAAGAGCCCCGAGCAUUUGUGAUUUUCUGGAAAAAUAUUAUAUCAUUGGAAAGAUGUUCUAAUUUAGGCUAUCAACAUCGACAAGUUCUGCUCCAAAUCAAAAAAGACGAAGUUUGGGAUAUUCUGGAAAAAUGGGCGAUCCGAAAAAUGUGAUUUUUUCAAAGAAGAUUACUUUUUUUGAAUGUUUUCUUUGCAGAUACACAAAUCGUUCGUCUCGCCGUUCUCCACAACGCCGUUGUCGCCGUCGAAACAGAAUUUGCGUCGCAAAAAGAAGGCUCCGCCCGCGAUCGAACCGCCCGUUUCGGUGGAAGAGGCGAGUCCGCUGCGCUUCGUGAACGUCGACGUCUUCAAUCGGAGAAUGGCCUCCGAAGCAUCGGACCACGACGCGAUGAUCGCCACACUGCUGUCGCGCAAGUUCUCGAUUCCGAUGGAGGGCUACAUGCUCUCGGGCCGCAGUCUCGGACUGGGCGGCAGCCGUCGCAAGUGCGCUCUUUUCGACCCGUACCACGAAGGCGCACUCGUCCUCUUCACGCCCGUUCAGUUGAGCGAACACGCGCAGCUGAAGGAGGACAAGGAUCGGAAAGUGCACGUGGUCGUGGAUCCGGUGGUCGGAAAGAUCCUGCGACCGCACCAGCGGGACGGCGUCAAGUUCAUGUACGACUGUGUGACGGGCGCCAACAUUCCAGACUACCACGGCUGCAUUAUGGCCGACGAGAUGGGUCUCGGCAAGACGUUGCAGUGCAUCUCCCUGCUGUGGACCCUCCUCAGACAGUCCCCGGACGCGUGUCCCACCGUAUCGAAGAGUAUUAUUGUGUGUCCGAGUAGUUUGGUCAAAAAUUGGGACAAGGAGAUCAAGAAGUGGCUGGGCACUCGGGUGAAUGCGAUGCCCGUCGACAGCGGCAAGAAGGAUCUGAUCAUCGCGUCGCUCAACUCGUUCAUGGCCGACUCGAAGAUGCGCUGCGCCAUUCCCGUCCUCAUCAUCUCCUACGAAACUUUUCGUCUCUACGCGAACAUUCUGCACUCUGGAGACGUCGGAAUCGUCAUUUGCGACGAGGGUCAUCGCCUGAAAAACAGCGAAAACCUCACUUAUCAGGCGUUGAGCGGGUUGAAAUGCGCGCGGCGGGUCUUGAUUUCGGGAACGCCCAUCCAGAACGACCUCCUCGAAUACUUUAGCCUCGUCAAUUUUGUCAAUCCGGGACUGCUCGGCACCGCGCAAGAGUUUCGCAAAAAGUUUGAGAAUUCGAUUCUGAAGGGACGGGACGCGGACGCGAGUGCGGAGAACCAGAAGAAGGGCGAGGAGAAGACGAAGGAGAUGGUGGCCCUCGUCGAGAAGUGCAUCAUCCGGAGGACGUCGGCGCUGCUGACCAAAUACUUGCCGGUCAAGUACGAGCACAUCAUCUGCUGCAAGAACUCGACCCUUCAGGAGACGCUGUACAACAAACUGAUCGAGUGCGAGAAACAGAAUCGGAUCGCCGAGAAGGACAAGGGCGCGACGGCGUCGGCGCUCUCGUUCAUCACGCAUCUCAAGAAGCUGUGCAACCAUCCGUACCUCGUGUACGAGGAACUGCAGAAGCCCGAGAAUCGGUUCAGCGCGAAAUGCCUCUCGGUGUUCCCGGAGACGUUCAAUCCGAAGGCGUUCGAUCCGUCGUUCUCUGGCAAAAUGAAGGUGCUCGAUUAUAUUCUCGCGGUGACCCGGAAGACGACCGACGACAAGUUCGUGCUCGUUUCCAACUACACGCAGACCAUCGACCAAUUCAUGGAGCUGUGCCGUCUUCGCGGAUACGACUUCGUCCGCCUCGACGGAUCCAUGUCGAUUAAGCAGCGAUCGAAGAUUGUCGACCAGUUCAACGAUCCGCAGAGCACCAUCUUCUGCUUCUUGCUCUCCUCGAAAGCCGGCGGAUGCGGACUCAAUCUGAUCGGCGCCAACCGGUUGGUCAUGUUCGAUCCGGACUGGAACCCGGCGAACGACGAUCAGGCGAUGGCGAGAGUUUGGAGGGACGGACAGAAGAAACCGUGCUUCAUCUACCGACUUUUAGCGGUUCGCAUUGUAUCCUGAAAUGGGAAAAGGGGCGUGGCCUGCUUUUUUGUAGAUUUUUUUAAAUCAAAACAAGUACAGUUGCAGAGGUUGAAAGUGAUGGACUGGAAAUGAACGUAUAUUAGUGAUUAUUGAGUACUUUUUAAACUACAAUGUGGGUAUUGAUAGACCAAGAGGCAAUUUUUAAGAAAAAAACGCGGCUAUUCCAGAAUUAUCACUGAAAAUUUCAAUUUCAGACAGCUCGAAUGCUGAAAAUGUCUAAAUUUCAAACACAAAAAGACCACGCCCCUUUUCCGAUCUCCACGAACAGAAUUGAAAAGAAAUUGGCAAUUUUCAGACCGGAUCGAUCGAAGAGAAGAUGUUCCAGCGCCAGACGCACAAAAAAGCGCUUUCCUCGUGUGUCGUACGUCUCUUUUCUCGCUUAUUUCAUUGAUUUUCCGAUGAAAUUGUUCAGGUGGACGCGGGAGAAGACGUGGCACGGCACUUCAGUUCGGAACAACUCCGAGAACUGUUCAAACUGGAGUCGCACGUCGCAUCGGACACCCAUGAAAAGUAGGGAAAUAAGGGGGGUGGUUUCAGCUGGAGAAUGGCCUGUUUUGCAGACUGAAAUGCAAGCGAUGCAUCCAGGAAGUGGAGAGUGUGGACCCGCCCGCAGACGCCGACUGCGCCAGCGAUCUCGCCAACUGGUUCCACUCGCAGAAGACUGCCAGAAAGGUAUAAAAACGGAGAAUGCGUUUCCAUUGGAAAAUUAUAGAAACUCGGGUUUCUGACCGUUUUCCAGUAGCGAUCUGUUCCGUGAAUCCCGACACUUUCAGGUAGCCGACAACGUGCUGCGUGCCGUCUUCGAAUGCGGCUCAAUUUCGUUCGUUUUCCAUCAGAAAUCCCAUCAAGUACGCUUUUCUUCGCUAAAAAUUUUGAAAAUAAUCUGAAAAUUCGGUCAGGUUGAAGUGAAGAAAAACGAGGAAAAAGUGGAAGAGGUGGACGAGGAUUACGUGCCUUCGGAAGACGAAAACGACGAUUAG